CUGCUGGAAGAUCUGGAGAGGAACACGAGUGCCCACGCAAUUGCCGACUGCUUUGUGCAAAGGAGUGAAGAAUUUGAUAUCUACACUUUGUACUGCAUGAACUACCCCAACUCCGUCUCGGUGCUCCGGCAGUGCAUGGAGGAUGACUCCCUGGCGAAAUUCUUCCGGGAGAGGCAGGCCACUCUCUCGCACUCGCUGCCAUUGGAGACCUACCUUCUCAAGCCGGUCCAGCGAAUUCUGAAGUACCAUCUGCUGCUGCAGGAACUGGCCAAACAUUACGACAAGAGCAGUCCUGGCUACGACUCGGUGGAAGAGGCGAGCAUCACCAUGACGGCCGUGGCUUGGUACAUCAAUGACAUGAAGCGGAAACAGGAACAUGCCAGCCGGCUGCAGGAGAUCCAGGGAUUGCUGGCUGGCUGGACUGGUCCAGAGCUGGGGGCCUUUGGGGAGCUGAUCCUGGAGGGUCAGUUCCGGGUGCCGCGAGCCCGCAAGGAGAGGGUCUUCUUCCUUCUCAGCAAGGUCCUGCUGAUCGCUAAGCGGCGCGGAGAGACCCUCGUCUACAAGAGCCACAUCUUUUGCUGCAACCUGGCGCUCCAGGAGAACACCAAGGACCCCCUCAGCUUCAAAAUCUCCGACCUUUCCAUUCCCAAACAGCAGCACACCGUCCAGGUGAGGAACCAGGAAGAAAAACGACUUUGGAUUCAUUAUCUGAAACGUUUGAUUGUAGAGAAUCACCCGGCAUCCAUUCCCCAGAAGGCCAAGCAAGUCCUCUUGGAGAACAGCUUCCAGGGCUCCCCAGAUGUGGUCUUCAGCCCCGAGACCCCCAAGAAGCCCCUGCCUUCUCCUCAGCUGGACGAGUCCAGGGCCUGCAUUCGGGGUCGGCGGCAAUCAGAGCCGCCCGAGUCCAUGUACAGUCCCGAGAGAGUCCGGCGGAGCUGCCCCAUUUUACAGCUGGAGAAAAGCGGCUCUUAUCGCCGGGGCCGCCGGCGGUCAGAUGUGGCCAGGUUAAAGCACGCGGACAGUGAGGGAGACCUCUUCCCCGCCAGCGAGCCCCUCCACUCCUCCAGCAGCUCCUGCACGCUGGCCUCAGCCAAACUGGAGGAGGAUGCCGAACCCUCGGACCUGGAAGCAGAGGAGGCCGAAUUCUCCCUG